ACACGCACGCCCGGAGUCAAAGAUAAGCUAGAUAAAUAGUCCAGAGUUCACACAUCAUGCGCGCUCCGGCGAACCUCCUGCACCGCGCGGCCCUCGCGAACAGUGGCCCGGGCGAGCCAUCGUCGUCGCCGGUGAGUAUGAAGGCACCUGAGCAGCAGCAGCAGACGGCGCCUCCGAUGGCGGUCAACUCGGACAUGGUGCUCAUCCUAGCGUCGUUGCUAUGUGCGCUCGUCUGCGUCCUCGGCCUCGCCCUCAUCUCCCGGUGCACGUGCCGACGCCGCCGCUCGGCCUCAUCAUUCGAUGACGCUCCUCCUCCCCCGAAGGGCCUCAAGAAGAAAGUUAUCCACGCGCUCCCCACCGUCUCCUUCGUCGCCAACGGGCCUUCUCCGACGCCGGCGACAGGCUCGUCGUCAGAAUGUGCGAUCUGCCUGGCGGAGUACAUGGAGGGGGAGGCCCUGCGCGUGCUGCCACGGUGCGGCCACGGCUUCCAUGUCGCAUGCGUUGACGCCUGGCUCCUGACCUGUGCCACGUGCCCCUCCUGUCGUGCCCCCAUCGUUGCCACGCCCGCGGGGCCGGCGUCGACAACCACGGUGGUCGUCGUGGCGGCGGCAAACAACAGGUGCGGGAGGUGCGGCGAGCUGGCGGCGCCGACCGGUGGUGACGAUGACACGUUUUUACCUUAGUUUGAAAUUAAUCAGGUUUGUAGUAUUGCGCUCUCUCUCUCUCUCUCUCUCUCUCUCUCUCUCUCUCUCUCUCUCUCUCUCUCUCUGCUUUUUAGCUAGGUCGUGUUGUACAUUCAAUUUGUCUUCACAAGUUGAUUUCGUAAAGUAAAACUUAUGUGUUCCUUAAGAUUUGCCAUUUAAUUAGGCUCUAUUGCUGGCUUGUUGCAUUCGACCCAGCAAAACAUAAA